GACCAGACUGAACCCGCGACCGUCUCCCAAGGCCAACAGCCCUAAUAAAAUUCUCCCGCUCUCUCUCUCUCUCUCUCUCUAUUUGCAUUUGCAAAAUCCCUCCAAUACCUAAUAACCUCCUUCAAACCUCGCAACAAUCCCUCCAAUACCUAAUAAUCUCUCCGUCAAACCCCGCAACAAUCCCUCCAAUCCCUGAUAACCCUCUCCAACCAUGGCUGCCGUUCGUAGGCUCAUUCCUCUCCUCUCUCAUUCAAUACCAGCAGAAGGUAUCGUAGUCGGCUUUUUGCGACGGAGCCUCACAUCGAGCAGGUUCUCCGAGGAAAAUGCUCUGAAAUACGAUGAAGAAGCCGAUGACGGCUUGCCUGCCAGAGGCGAGAUCGAGAAGAUCCGGCGCGAGUUCCACAACGCAAAACGGAGCUUUCUCAACAUCCCCGCCACACUCAAGGAGAUGCCCAAGAUGAAUCCUGAAGGUAUUUACGUGAAUAAGAACCUAAGAUUGGACACUAUACAGGUUUAUGGAUUUGACUACGACUAUACGCUGGCUCAUUACUCUCCAUACUUGCAGAGUUUGAUUUAUGACCUGGCAAAAGAGCACAUGGUUAACGAGCUUCGUUAUCCUGAGAGUUGCUUGCAAUUUGAAUACGAUCCCACAUUCCCCAUCAAAGGUCUAUAUUAUGACAAGCUGAAGGGGUGUCUUCUGAAAUUGGAUUUCUUUGGGUCGAUUGAGCCCGAUGGAUGCUUCUUUGGACGUAAAAAGCUCAGCAGGUCAGAAAUAAAAGAGAUAUAUGGCACGCGACAUAUUGGCCGAGAUCAAGCACGUGGACUUGUUGGUCUCAUGGACUGUUUUUGCUUUAGUGAGGCAUGUCUUAUUGCAGAUAUUGUACAACAUUUUGUCAAUGCCAAGUUGGAUUUUGAUGCUUCCUAUGUCUAUCAAGAUGUAAAUCAAGCAAUUCAGCAUGUUCACCAAACUGGGUUGGUACAUACGGGAAUUCUUUCUAAUCCUCGAAGAUAUCUCAUGAAAAAUGGACAAGUGCUACGCUUUUUGAGAAUGCUAAGGGAGAGGGGGAAGAAGCUUUUCCUGCUAACAAAUUCUCCAUAUUAUUUUGUGGAUGGAGGGAUGCGUUUUAUGCUGGAGGAUUCUAGUGGUAGUGGCGACUCUUGGAGGGAGCUUUUUGAUGUUGUUAUUGCUCAUGCCAAUAAGCCAAAAUUUUACACAUCAGAGCACCCAUUCCGCUGCUAUGAUAUCGAGAAGGACACAUUAGCUUUCUCAAAGGUGGAUGCUUUUCUGCCAGACCAAGUUUACUAUCAUGGAUGCCUUAAAUCGUUUCUGCAAAUUACAAAGUGGAAUGGACCUGAGGUGAUAUAUUUUGGCGAUCAUUUGUUUAGCGACUUGAGAGGACCCUCAAAAGCUGGAUGGCGUACUGCUGCUAUCAUUCAUGAGCUAGAAAGUGAAAUCCGGAUACAAAAUGAUGACAAUUACCGAUUCCAACAGGCAAAGUUUCACAUAAUCCAAGAACUUCUUGGGAAAUUUCAUGCAAUUUCGACCAGCUGUGAUAAAGGAGAAGCUUACCACUCGCUUUUGAAUGAACUGAACGACGAGAGGGAAAGGGCACGUUCUGUGAUGAAGAGCAUGUUCAAUAGUUCUUUUGGUGCCACCUUCCUCACUGACACUGGUCAGGAAUCAGCUUUCGCAUACCAUAUCCAUCAGUAUGCAGAUGUUUAUACCAGCAAACCGGAGAACUUUUUGUUGUAUGCCCCCGAAGCAUGGCUUCAUGUACCAUUUGAUGUCAAAAUCAUGCCCCAUCAUGUCAAGGUUCCUUCAAGCUUGUUCGAGACUUGAUUGUGAUGGGGUUCUGUCCUCUACACAUUACAUUCAGUUGCAAUUCAUUUUUGGGCGUUCAUCUCGGGCCGAACAAUGCAACAGUGGGGCCAUUCAUUCAUAUGGUUUCGGUAAUGAGAAGGGUGAGAUUGUAAUGCCCAUAGGGUGGCUGUUGAUUGAAUAAAAAAGAAGCCAUCCUCUGUAAAUCUGUGACUCUCUCUCUCUCUCUCUCUCUCUCUCUCUCUAAAUUUUGUUAGCGUUAGGCAUUUCUAGGCUUUUAUCUUGCACGUUUAAAGGAGCUUGUGUUCGUUGAUGUGAGUCAUCCAAAUUGAUGGGGCAACCAUGAAAGGGCUACGGCUUAAAAAAGUUCCAUUGAUUAGGACAGCGGGGGCCUAGAUAUGGACGUUUGAAAAACUGGGGUAAGGUUUCACUUGCGUGAAGGUUCAAUUGUGUUUUUUUUUUUUUGGAUGGUUAGGAUCGUUCGCCAUCAUCAGAUGGCUAUCAUAAUCUGAUCAAUGUUAUCUUUCUUCUAUGGCCUAUCUGGGACAGGCUCCUCAUCUUGAAA